CUCUACUUCACGUUUCCUGUACUACAUCAUCCCACUUUUAACAAUCCACCAUGUACGGCAGUCUGAGCUUCCUCGCUCUGAUCGUUGCAACCAUCGUGCAAGCUCAAAGCUCAGUUGAACAACUGACCUUGUCCUUCGCAGCAGAUGACUAUCUGGCCAACGUGACUUUCGAGACCCUAGUCGCGCCUGUCGACAUCACCUGCUUCAAUCUUGCCGACAUUUUUGCUGUGGACGGAAACAACACCAGCAAUACAGCAGACUAUACCGUCCUCGGCGAGGCGAAGUUCGAUGCGCGAAUCAACUACACGUCCGUCUGGUAUCAACAACUGAACACGAGCAUCAAUGGCAAUUCUAAAGGUGUUGGCGAUGGCAAGGAAGCCGCCAGAGUUGUUGAGGUCUUCCCCGGAAAGAACUGUCGAGAGAUCAAUGGUUCGCCAUGGUACGGAUUUGGCUGUCAAAGUCGUGGUGGUGAGCGCUACGAAAUCCCUGGUGGUAUCCAGAGCUUCUCUCUCGUCCGUAGAGCCAACUCUGUCAUGCAGAGCAAGUGUUGGGAGAAGGCCGAGUAUGGUGAGCAGGGCGCCGCUUCAACAAUGUUCAAGGGCUGCUUCACGGCAAUGAUGGCUGCUGUGUUGGUCAGUGUUCUCUUGAUAGUUGGUUAGAUAGGCAGGCACUGGGUUCCGCAAGCUCCACUAGAUUGGACCGAGGCUAUAAAAGGUGGAACACAUUCUAACACAUCGAUUAUCGACGCUGGUCUGUCGCGCUCGCUAUUCAGG